AUGUCCGCCCGUCUCAAUCAAUGGGGUUCAACUUCUUCAGUUCAAACCAUCAGUCACAAUCCAGCAUCCAAUGCAAUAGGCGAAUUAUUGAGUGUGGAUCCAACUAACGGAAACCAACCGUCAAAAGUUUCUAAUGGACAGAUGCCUGGUACAUCAAAUUCCGGGUCUGGAAAUCAAAUUCGUCAACCUAUUCCUAAUCAAGACUUAGAUGUUAGAGAUAGGCUUAGUAAAGAACCGCCAUCUUGUGAGCCAUCUGCUACUUUCGUACCAGGACAAGGUAAGAUUUGCAAAGACCAGUUGAUCUUUGAAGAAAGUUUUACUUUAGGAAAAUUAGAUAGGACGAAAUGGAAGCACGAUUGUCAUAUGGCCAAUAUUGAUAUGGACAACGAAUUUGUAUCUUAUCAAGCGAAACCUGAAAAUAUUUUCGUCAAUGAUAAAAGUUUAAUGUUUCAUCCGACUGUUUUGAAUGAUGCAGAUUUUGUUGAAAGCGGAGAAUUGGAUCUUGCAAGCACAUGCGGUUGUGCACCAAUGGCAUAUGGCGAGUGCUCAAGGAAGGCCAUGUUCUAUAAUAUAUUACCACCAGUAGUGUCUGCCAGUAUCAGAUCUAAAUUCAGUUUCAGGUAUGGAAGAAUUCAAAUCGAUGCUAAAUUACCGGAAGGAAACUGGUUAUAUCCUAUUUUGAAUUUGGAACCCAAGGAUUACAAUCAUGGAUCCGGCUAUAAAUCCGGUGCCAUGAGGAUCGCUUUUGCGAGAGGAAAUAAAGUCCUGAAAUCCCAGGAAACAGAUUACGACUUUGGAUCUUCAGAAUUAAGUGGUGCCUUAUUAUUUAAACACGAUGAUCCUGUCAGGAAUAUCACCGCCAAAGUUUAUAAAAACGUUAAUAAGGAAUCUUGGGCAAAUGCUUUUCAUAAAUACGAACUAGAAUGGACACCCUAUCAUGUAUGUUUCAUAGUUGAUAAUAUCAAAUAUGGCGUAAUAUUGCCUCCAAAAGGUAAUUUUCCAUCUGGACAAAGCCAAGAUGUAACUAAAGGUGAAAAUUGGAAGAAUCAUAUGCCGAUGUUUAGCGAACUGGCAUUAUGA